AUGGCAAGCUCUCCUAUUCCGGCCAACAUCCGCAAGCGGUCGGACAAAUACGCAAACAACAUUAAGCACCGCGGCAGCGUGCCCAAAUCGCUCGACGCCAAGGUGCAGCAAAAGCUCGAAGCCCGCCGCCUGAGCAAAAAGGGUCUCGGCACCGGCAUGCCCGUGCCCACAGCGGCCAACGGCCGCCGGAUCCUCCUCGCCCUUCUGCUUCUCACCGUAGGCAGCGCCCUCUACCAAGUGUGCCUGCCACUGUUCGGCAGCCAGCCAUCCUCCGGUGGCCAGCAGCCAAAGGCAAAGCAGUCCACCAGUGUGUUGACUCGCGAGCAGCAGGCGAAGGCUGCGCAGGCGGUCUUGCAAGAGUUAAAUCCCCCAGUGGCGCCCCAGAUGCGGGAUGUUGGUGUGGAUGACUUUGAGGACGAGAUUAGGAAGCUCAUCGUGCAGGAUGAUGAUGAGCUUCCUCAUGUUGUCGCUGAGGCUCAGGGACCGCUUGUGUAG